GUGAAUACGGAGAUCAUCACUAACUCGAUUAGUGCCUCAUCUUCUUCAAAGCUACACAAUAUUCAUAUAUCGAUCCCAUCCCCAUCCCCCUCCCCUCCUUUGUGUAAUUAAUUUUAGCUCUACUUUUUUAAUUGGUAUUUAUUAAUUACAAUAGGUAUGGACACGAAAGUUAUUUCCACCGGAAUCCGGUACUCUAAUUUGCCGGAAAGUUACGUGAGGCCGGAGUCAGAGCGACCGAGGCUGUCCGAAGUUUCGACCUGCGAAAAUGUCCCAGUCAUCGACUUGGGUUGCCAGGACAGGACCCAGAUUGUUCGACAAAUAGGAGAUGCCUGCGAAGACUACGGCUUUUUCCAGGUGAUAAAUCAUGGGGUGAGUAGGGAAGUAACAGAGCAGAUGCUACAAGUGGCGUUUGAUUUCUUCAGCCUGCCGGUGGAGGAGAAGCUGAAGCUCUACUCGGACGACCCCUCAAAGACAAUGAGAUUGUCUACAAGUUUUAACGUGAAUAAGGAGAAAGUUCACAACUGGAGAGACUAUCUCAGACUCCACUGUUAUCCCCUCAACAAAUACCUUCCUGAGUGGCCUUCCAAUCCACUUUCCUUCAAGGAAAUUGUGAGGAAUUACUGCAUACAAGUGCGACAACUUGGGUACAGACUUGAAGAGUUGAUAGCAGAGAGCUUGGGGUUGGAAAAGGAUUACGUAACCAAGGUUUUGGGUGAUCAAGGACAACAUAUGGCGGUCAACUACUAUCCACCAUGUCCGGAGCCAGAGCUGACUUACGGACUGCCUGGGCACACAGACCCCAAUGCCCUCACAAUUCUUCUUCAAGACCUCCAGGUCUCCGGCCUCCAAGUUCUUAAGGAUGCCAAGUGGGUUGCCGUCAAUCCUCACCCGAAUGCCUUUGUCAUCAACAUUGGUGAUCAAUUACAGGCUUUGAGUAAUGGAAGGUACAAGAGUGUGUGGCACAGAGCCGUUGUCAACGCCGAUAAGCCAAGAAUGUCGGUUGCUUCCUUUCUUGUCCCCAGCGAUGAUGCGGUAAUCAGUCCUCCAAAAGCUCUAGUUGGUCAUGAUGGCUCCGGAGCCUUAUACAGGGAUUUCACUUAUCCAGAAUACUACACCAAGUUUUGGAGCAGGAACCUUGACCAAGAACAUUGCCUAGAACUCUUCAAGAAGCACUAGCUACCACUUAGCUAUCUCUUGCAAUUGCUUAAUAAAAAUACCAACCUACCUCGCUAGCUUAUCUUGGAAGUUGGAAUCGCAAUUAAUACUGCUCGCUUCAUUUCUUGUUUAAUUAAGCACUUGGGACCUCCAAUUUUCUUUACUGGGUCUGGUGGUUCAACUGUUCUUGGUUUGUGCCCAUGCAUGCACAUUAAUUUUUUGUUACUGUUUUUAAGGUAAACCUGAAUCCUAAAAUAAGAAAAAUCAAACUACAAGCA